GCGAACAAAUGUCGUCGUAUUGUCUUCGCUACUGAUGCCGCCUCAUAAGCGUAGUAUAACGUCUGUCCCUGUCGUCUAUGUGACCAUGAGUUCCUCGUGAAAGUUCAAUAAACCCACGUGCAAGCUGGACAUCAUAAUAUAUGUAUAUUAAUUGUAUAGAGUGUCGUUAGUCUCUCUCUUUUCGCCACGUCCUCCCAUAUCCUGUUUUGAGGCUGCACGGGUGCACACUGUUUUACCAAAGUGUGUUUCAUUUUGGAGUCCUACAGUAUAGCUAUACCUGCCCGUACACCUACUAACAUCUACGACGUAUAACAUUGUACAAUUGCAAAGUAAGGGAUAACAAGUACUUAUUUAUUGUACAAUUGUAACGGGCAGCAGCUGCAGCAUCGCGGAGUGUGUGUGUUGGUAAACAAAAGCAGAAGAAAAAGGAGCAAGAGAGAGAGAGAGAGAGAGAUGGCAAGUGCCGGCGCGUCCUGCUGCAGCCGAGCUGCCACGAGCCUGUUGUUUAGGCUCGAGCUCCUGUCGUCCUCGUCCUUCGCUGGGAACGGCAGCUGCGCCGGCUGGGCCACCAGCGUCGUGCUCAAGCCUCAUUCUCGACUGAGGGCCGGACAGCCGACGACGGCCUUCUCCUGCAGGAGCUUCGGGAGCCUCGCCGGGAACGAAACGUGGUGCAAAAAGUGGUGGAACAGUUCGCGAAAGAGCCUUUCGACAGGUACACGAACAUUUACUUCGAGUCUGAACCCGAUACUUUCGAAAGAGCAGCAGCACAACUACAAGGAGUCGAGAGACACGAGGGAAUCGAAAGACACGAAAAAAGACUCAAAGGAGACGAAGGAAUCGACGAAACGGAGUAAAGAAAAGAGCGGGGCGCUAAUGACACCAGAGGUCACCGUGGAGUACUGCCGAGGGCUUCCGAGGAUAACGAUACCACUGCCGUCGAGGCCGGACAAGUGCAUACUCACCCUGAAGCCGAUCAGUCAAACGGUCGGCGACUUUCUCGAUCUGAUAAAACAGGAGGACCCGGCGGUCGUCGAGGCGAGCGUCACUUCGACGACUGGUAUCAAAUUGGGAGCUACCAACAGGAUAGAGACAAUGCUGCUGGACGACUUUAAUUUAAUCAUCAACGACAAGGUGUACCCCGUCUCGUCUCCGGUGCACUUCGAGUCUACAAAGGAGAACAUACUGCAAAUGCGAGAUUUGCAGGCUAUGGUUAAUCAAAUUUACGAGUCUUUCAACGCCCGGGAGGCAAACGCCGAACUGGAACGAGAAGUGAUGCAGCAGCUCGAAGAAGUCAGGAUGGAGUUGGAGCCGAUGGAACAGGAAUACAUGCUGCCGGAGGUGUUCCGCCGGGAGCAGCUGAUCGGUUUGCACAAGAAGGCGAAAAAACUGGCAUUCGACGUCGAGCGCUACAACUUGCUAAAGGACGAGGCCUUCGAACUCGAGCAGAUGCUCAGGCUGAUCCGCGGCCCGAUGCACAGGCAGCAGGUGCUCGUCGAGCAGAAGCGCCGGGAACGACUCGAGAAAAUGCGCGCUGGUAGCUCAUCCUCGUCCUCCUCGUCGCGCUCGCCCAGCUCCUCGCCGAGUCCCAGUCCAGAGCGCCACAUCGAGUCCAGAAAAACGACGGCGUCCGAUACUCGCCACUAA